CCAAUAGGAGGCUUGUACCUAUUUGCUUAGUUAAAUCCAGGUGGUGACUUUUUUUUUUGGGCCAGGCAGUGUAUUAAUGAUGUCAUCCUUUGUUCCCACAGACCUCCAACAGCCAAGUGUCUCCAAUGAGGAGGCAGCUUCUGCCAUUAAACGAGUCUGGAGCCUGGCAAGUAGGUCCAGUCAGGACCAGAAAGAAGCAGAACAUCAGUGGACUGAAGAGGUACAGAUGGAACCAGAACCAAAAAGGAUUAAAAAAGAAGAAAACAAACCAGAACCUGCACUGCUCAGACAUGAGGAAAUAGAAUAUCGACUAAUAUACGUAAGAAAGGAGGAGCUAGAUUCUUCAGUGCUUCAACAUGAACAGCAGCCACCUGAACAUUUACCAACUGGACAGGACCAGAAGAAUCUCUGCAGCAGUCAGGAGGGAGAGCAGCUUGUCCAGAAGCAGUUUGCUGCUUUGAUUGAGACUUCUACUCUUCAGGAAGAUGAUAUGAGUGAAGAAGAGAGAAGAACAGAGCAGCUUUCCCUUCAUAUCUCUCCAGUGGUUGAGAGCAAAGAUCAGGAAGGAAGCAGCUCCUCUGUGUCAGAGAGUCAGUCUGGUACCAGUACAAAGAAAAGAUCUUUUAAAUGUGACAUUUGUGGGAGAUGUUACCCACAACAGUAUAAAUUGAAAAACCAUUACAAAACUCACACUGGUGAGAGACCUUUUUCAUGUGAAGUAUGCGGAAAAAGUUUUUCUCUAAGUUAUAUUUUAAAAUGUCACAAGACAACUCAUACAGGUGAGAGACCUUUUUCAUGCCAGUUAUGCGGAAAGAGAUUCUCUCGACUUGGUAAUUUAAAGGACCACAAAAGAAUUCAUACAGGUGAGAAGCCUUUUUCAUGUCAGUCAUGUGGAAAGAGUUUCUGUCAAAUUAGUGUUUUAAAUCGUCACAAGAAAAUUCAUACAGGUGAGAAGCUUUUUUCAUGCCAGUCAUGUGGAAGAAGUUUUACUCGAAGUAGUACUUUAAAUGACCACAAGAAAAUUCAUGCUGGGGAGAGGCCUUUUUCAUGCCAGUCAUGUGGAAAAAGUUUCUGUCAAUUGAGAAUUUUAAAUCGUCACAAGACGAUUCAUAGAAGUGAGAAGCCUUUUCCUUGUCAAACAUGUGGGAGAGGAUUUAGUCGAAGGGAUGCUUUGAACAGUCACAUGAAAACUCAUACAGGUCAGGGACUGCGUUGAAGCCAAACUUGUGAAAAAAUUUGAAAUGUAUUACUUAUUCUCUUUAGAACCCACAUGGGUGAAAUGUGUUUUCCACAUAAAAUAUGGUGGGGAAAGUGUUCUUUUAUUAUUGUGAACUGAAUUUUCAUAAAACACAAAAUUGACAAUUAGGCAUUUAACUCACAUAGAUUCACUGUAAUAAAUAUUAAACAAUGUCUUGGAUUGUUUUCACUUUGCAAAACACAUUAGACCCUCAGCUAUUUUUGGUUGCCCAUUAAUGGAUUUUUAAAAAAUGAUUAUUUUAGAGCAUAUAUGUAUAGAUAUACUGUAUAUUUCUAUAAAGAUAUAGUUAUGUAUAGAUAUCUCUAUAUAGAUAUAAAAAAUCAUUUAUAAAUGUAUGUGCCACUUGUAUGUAUCUAACAACUUAGGAGCUCUGACAACUGCAAAGUAGAGUGAUAUUAGUGAUACUUUUAGCUUUUUUAUAUAUUUUAGGAUUACUGAUUUGUGGCGGAUGUGUAAUUUUUACCUACUUGAUGAUUUGUGUAUUUUAUUUUGUUAUUUUUUGAUAAAUGGUUUGGACUACUUUUUGUCUGGAAAUAAAGACAUGAAUUGAUAUGGA